UGAGCUCGAUAUUUGGAAAAAUUAUAUAAACAAACAAAAAAAAAAAAGAAAUUAACUAACCAGUGCUGGGAUGUCCCCAUGACAAAAGGGAGGCACGUGGUGAUGUCUUGUUGUUGUUGGUGCUGCGACAACCUCGGCGGACCCGGUUCUUCAAGUACUGGGGGUGUUGUUACUGGUGCAUCUGGUGGUAGUAUCGUAGUCGGUGCAAAUAACGGUGGUGGUGGUGGUGGCCUAGGUAUUGCUUCCGGUCUUUCUGCAAUGCUAUCGCUGGUAGUCGUCACUGUCGCUAUCAGUACGGGAGAGUGGCUCCUUACGGAGGAGAAACUGCCGAAAACUUCGUCGAACGCCUCUGUCGAACCCGACAGCAAAGUUACUUACAGUGGUCUGUGGAGGGUCUGUGUCGCCAUAAGUUCCCGUAUGGAAUACGAGUGCUCGAGGAUCGACUAUUUUCCAAACGAGGAGUACAGCCCUGAUCCGAGCGACUCGACGAUGGCUAUACCAUAUGCAGUUACCAAGUCGGCAAUGUUCUUCUUCGCUGCAACAUCGCUGCUGGUGGUAGCCGAAGUUUGUUACUUCACAGCUCACGUUACUCACCCGAGACACAGACUUUGCGUCUUUGUCGCUGGCGUGGUCUUCAUAGUUUCCGGUUUGUUAAUGCUGGUGGGAAUGGUGAUGUACAUAUCUGUAUUCAAAGCCGAGGUUGGUAGUAAGCUUAGACCAAGAUCGUCGUUUCAGGGGCCACCCUUCACCUACAGGUACGGAUUCUCAUUUUUGCUGUACGUGAGUGGCUUCAUCACGACCGAGGUCGCUGGCACUUACGCCAUCUUCUUGUAUAUCUCUUGGCACCAGAAGGAAUUGGUACGGAGAGACUCGAGGCGAAAAAAUUACGGGGGAGUGUAUCAUUUAGACAAUCACCACGUGCAUCAUACGAAUCAUCACGCGAUCUUGGGCCACAGUGGUUUCCUCUGCGAGAGGCAUCAGAAAAGAUACUUCUUCGGAAGGGAUUCGGUGGACCACGUGGAUUUCGACGAAUUUUUACCACCACCGCCCAAUUUGGAUUACCACGAUUAUUCCAGACAAUUUCCUAGGGAUCUUACCACGCAGACGGUCAGCACAACAGCCGAUGUCCUUCAAGAAGAGGAAGAGGAAUACAGUCCUAGUGUGCAGCACGAGUUCGUGACUUUCGAUCUUGACGAGCCUUUGCCACCCCCACCACCGAUCAGAGGUGGUGAAUGGACCUUCGACACAUUGAGAAAAACUACCCCCGUCUGAUAUACCGUCAGAUACGCGAGGCUGGUGCAAAGCGUAGAAAGCGAGGAAGAGGAGGAGGAGGAGGAGGAGGAGGAAGCGGAGGACGAAGCGGAAACCGAGGAGGACCACGACAUAGCCGGUGAUUAAACAAAUCGACUCGCUUUUUAAUGAGAUACCUCGGCAACCGAGAGAUGCUUUCAUCGUUCAAACUUCAUCAGGGGAAAAAGGAGGAGAGAAAAAAGGGAAAAGGAAAAAACGACCAGUCUCGAAGGGAACUCGAGGGAGCUCGAUCGACAAGUUUAUCGAAUUUCGGUUUUUUUUAAUAAUAACUCGUCAAACUUUCACGGAUGUAAUUCCGCCCCGAACCGUGUAAAGGAGAAAAAGUGAAUGACGUUCCAAUCGAUGAAAUAACGACUGAGUGACACCGUUUCCAUUUCGUAAUUCGUUUCAUCGCGCGUACACACAUACAUACACACACACACACAUAUAUAUAUAUAUGUCUUUUUUAUCAAAUUUUUCUCCCCAUUAUUUUCGUCGAGGAUACGACGAAAACUCGAUGAAAUU